GGCUGAAUGGGGCCGACACGCGGACCAUCGCAAAUCAUUAUGACUAUUACGCAUCUUCAUCUUUGCAGCCUGACCGACCGAGCAACCGUUACCGUCUAGGACGAGACGUCCUCUGUGACCUCAUUAAGCUACAUCGCAAAUCCGGCACCUAGUAUUAGAUGCAGCCAGCUACGGCUACCUGACCUCAUUACCAACUCGAGUGCACAUCCAAUUAGCGAGUGAGCUGCCAAUUAUUGGCUGGUCCCAAAGCACCAUCCUCGAACAUCUCCUUUUCAAACGGUCCCACCGGCUGGCAUUCGGUAAGCAUCUGGCUUACCAAGGAACAUGGUGGCACCAUCGCUAGAAAGAGGAGGCAACGGGAGCACCCGAUUCCGAGGAUGCACCAGUAUUCGUGAGUUCGAGUUCCUGGGGAAACUCGGCGAGGGUACUUUUGGGGAGGUGUACAAAGCUAGGUCAAAAAAAGAGGGCUCAAUUGUUGCCCUCAAGAAAAUUCUCAUGCACAAUGAAAAGGACGGAUUCCCAAUCACUGCUCUUCGUGAAAUCAAGCUUCUUAAAAUGCUGUCGCAUAAUAAUAUUCUUCAGUUGAUGGAGAUGGCUGUGGAGCGAAGCAAAGGGGAAGGGCGGAAGAAGCCCAGCAUGUACAUGGUAACGCCUUACAUGGAACAUGAUCUUUCCGGGCUGCUAGAGAACCCAGCCGUUAGUUUUACUCAACCGCAAAUCAAGUGCUACAUGCUUCAGUUGCUUGAAGGCCUUAAAUACUUGCAUGGGAAUCGCAUUUUGCAUCGUGACAUGAAAGCUGCCAAUCUGCUCAUCAACAACAAAGGUGUCCUUCAGAUUGCGGAUUUUGGACUAGCCCGGCCGUAUGAUGAGGAGCCGCCUCAGCCUGGCAAAGGAGGGGGAGAGGCCAAGAGGGAUUACACCUCUUUAGUUGUGACCCGGUGGUAUCGCCCACCAGAACUGCUUCUACAGCUGAGACGGUAUACAACGGCCAUAGAUAUGUGGGGUGUUGGGUGUGUUUUUGGAGAAAUGUUCAAGGGCAAACCGAUACUUGCCGGUAGCAGCGACCUGAAUCAAGCGCAGCUUAUAUUCAAUCUCGUGGGAGCGCCAACGGAGGAGAACAUGCCUGGCUGGAGUUCUUUACCCGGCUGCGAGGGUGUCAGAACCUUCGGGCACAAACCUGGGAAUUUGCACGAGAUUUUCAAAGACCAAAGCCCUGCAGCUAUUUCGCUGCUUGGCGAGCUUCUCAAGUUGGAUUGGCGGAAGAGGAUCACCGCUAUCGAUGCACUGGAACAUCCAUACUUUUUCACUCCGCCGCUUCCAGCUCGCCCCGGUGAAAUACCACAUUUCGAGGACUCACAUGAAUUAGAUAGGAGAAGGUUUCGUGGGCAACGAGCAGCUAUGCCACCAGCGCCUGCGGGCGGAUCAGUGGGUAUGGGGCCAACUGGGGGCUGGGCAACCAACUCAGGAACCAGAAGUACAAUGGAAAGCAAAAACAGCCGCAUUCCUGGUGCUGCGCGCAUAGGCAAAUCAAAUCAGGGAAAUCAGGGAAAUCAUUCAAGGCGAUCUGUCGACCAUCGAACCGCUGAAACGCAUACAGCACGAGUCAGGCAAGGCACUGAGGACCCAGGUCGGGUGAUACCGCCCUGGCAAAAGGACAGCGGUCUGCCGCCUAAGCCCCCUACGUCUGCUCACCAAGCAUGGGCUACAGUUCAUCCAAGCAGAGCAGGACGUGAUAGCGCUAUCCAUCAGGGGCGAUUCGGGGGCCGACCAGAUGGGAAUUUAGACUCCUAUGUCCCAAAUUAUUUGGGUGGCUUCGACAGCCACCGGGAUUGGGAUCGGCGCAAUACCAGGCAUGAAUCGUCACGUCAAAUCAAUCGACGGGAUUAUCCGAGGGAGAGCAAUUCAUCGAGAAGGCGAAGUCGAAGUCCGGCUUUUAGGGAAGGGCACCAUGCAUCAGAUAGGCCGUCAUAUCGAAGGUGAAGCGGAUUCAAAUAGUGACUAAAUUUCCAAUACAAGGGCUUGCUUCCACGAACCCUUGUCAGG